AUGAGCUUCGGUUUUGGUGUCAGUGACUUUCUUGCGGUCAUUAAGCUAACUAGCGAAGUCCGAAAGGAGUUUGCUGGAGCUCCGAGUCAAUUUCAUGAGAUUUCGGCUGAGAUCAGAAGCCUCACGAUCAUACUUCAAGAUGUUGACGAUGACAUAUCUAACCACGAGCUUAGCGACGAGCAGAAACGCAAGCUCGAUGAUAUUACGAGUAGCUGUCAACGCGUCCUAGACGAUCUCAAAAAGGCGAUCUCGAAAUAUAAUAAAUUGGGAUCAAAACAACAUGACUAUGCUGCUCAGCAAGCAGAUUUCAUUAGCCAAAGACAGCCAGACACCGGUAUAUGGUUUCUUGACUCGCUAGAGUAUCGAUCAUGGGUAGAUACGAAGAACCAGACGCUAUUCUGUCUAGGUAUUCUCGGAGCUGGUAAGACAAUUCUGUCUUCUAUAGUUGUUGAUGACCUUUUUGCUCGAUUUCAAGAUGACAUAGGGGUUGGCAUUGCAUAUAUCUACUGCAAAUUUCGACGGCAAUCUGAACAGGCAGUUACAGAUAUAACCCUAAGUUUACUUAAGCAGCUUGCGCAAGGGAGACCAUCUCUCCCGAAUACGGUAAAGGACCUCUACGAGCGUUAUGAACAAGAUAGGAGGCGGCCAUCAAACGAUGAGGUCUCGGGAGCUUUGGGAAUUGUCAUCUCUUUUUACUCUAGAGUAUUUGUUAUCAUUGAUGCACUCGAUGAGUGCCAGGUGUCUAGUAGUACCCGGUCCAAACUUAUCUCGGACAUCUUUAAUAUCCAACAAAAGCAUGAGACGAACUUCCUAGCUACAUCAAGGUUCAUUCCCGAUAUAACAGCAAGCUUUAAAUACUGUGCGACAUUGGAGAUCUGCGCAAACAAGGCUGAUGUGAAGAAGUAUGUUUACGGCCAUAUGGAGCAGUUACCGUCCUUCGUUAUUGGGAAGGGAGAACUAAAACUAGGGACAAAUUCGGGCAACCGCCACUUCAGUGAGCAUUGCUCAAUCGCCACGAAGAUAUCGCCGUGA